AUGGCGGCGCAGCCGAACGGCCUUGUUCGCCCGACGGAGGCCUUCCGGCCCCCUACGCUUCCCCUUCCCAAGGAUGGCAUCAACCCCAUCUUCGUCUCCGGCAACUCCUACAUCCCCGAACCUCCCCACUGGAAGAAGGCCGCAGAGGCGCUCCAGUGCACCCACUUCGAGGAGGUCCGCCGGAUGAUCUCUCAGUACCAGAGCACCCAGAUGGUGGAUCUCCAGGGCACCACCCUCACGGUGGCGCAGGUGGCCGCCGUGUCGCGCCGGCAGGAAGUAGCCGUCAGGCUCAACGAGCCGGUGGCGAGGGACCGUGUCGACAGGAGCGCCAAGUGGGUGGCGGACAACAUAGCGAGGGGCACUGACACGUACGGCGUUACCACCGGCUUCGGGGCGACGUCGCACCGGCGGACAAAGAAGGUGACCGACUUGCAGACCGAGCUGAUCAGAUUUCUCAACGCCGGGGUCAUCGGCAAGGACUUCCUCCCCACAAGCUACUCCAAGGCGGCCAUGCUCGUGCGGACGAAUACUCUCAUGCAGGGAUACUCAGGCAUCCGCUGGGAGGUCCUGGAGGCGGUGGCCAAGCUCAUGAACCAGAACGUCAUCCCCAAACUCCCCCUCAGGGGAACCAUCACCGCCUCCGGCGAUCUGGUCCCCCUCUCCUACAUUGCAGGCCUGCUCACCGGCCGGCACAACUCCCGGGCCAUCACCCUCGAAGGCGAGGAGCUCACAUCCUCGGAGGCCCUCAAGCGCGUGGGGAUCCUGUGCCCCUUCGAACUCCAGGCAAAGGAGGGGCUCGCGCUGGUUAAUGGGACGGCUGUCGGCUCGGCGGUGGCCGCCACCGUCUGCUUCGAUGCCAACGUGCUGGCGCUCCUGUCGGUGGUGCUGUCGGCCCUCUUCUGCGAGGCCAUGCAGGGGAAGCCCGAAUUCACCGACCCACUGACCCACGAGCUGAAGCACCACCCGGGUCAGAUCGAGUCGGCGGCGAUCAUGGAGUUCCUCCUCGACGGCAGCGACUACAUGAGGGAGGCGAAGGUGAGGAACGAGAAGGAGCCUCUGACGAAGCCGAAGCAGGACAGGUAUGCCCUCCGGACGUCCCCCCAGUGGCUGGGGCCCCAGAUCGAGGUCAUCCGGAUGGCGACCCACGCAAUCGAGAGGGAAAUCAACUCGGUCAACGAUAACCCCCUGAUCGACGUGGCCCGCGAUAUCGCGCUCCACGGGGGAAACUUCCAGGGGACCCCCGUUGGUGUCUCCAUGGACAAUCUCCGCAUCGCCGUCGCCGCCAUCGGGAAGCUCGUCUUCGCCCAGUUCUCUGAGCUGGUCUGCGACUACUACAAUAACGGACUGCCGUCGAACCUCAGCGGCGGGGAGGACCCCAGCUUGGACUACGGGCUCAAGGGAGCCGAGAUCGCCAUGGCGGCCUACUGCUCGGAGCUGCAGUACCUCGCCAACCCGGUGACGACCCACGUCCAGAGCGCCGAGCAGCACAACCAGGACGUUAACUCGCUGGGCCUGAUCUCGGCGAGGAAGAGCGCCGAGGCGGUGGAGAUCCUGAAGCUGAUGAUGUCGACCUACAUGGUGGGCCUCUGCCAGGCGCUGGACCUGAGACACCUGGAGGAGAACCUGCGGGAGGUGGUGAGGCACGCCGUGACGGAGGCGGCGAGGAAGACGCUGUACACGGCGGAGGACGGGACCAUGCUCGAGUCCCGCUUCUGCGAGAAAGACCUCCUCCAGGUGGUCGAGUGCCAGCCGGUCUUCUCCUACAUCGACGACCCCGCCAAUCCUUCCUACGCGCUGCUGCUACAGCUGCGAGAGGUGCUCGUGGAGAAGUCCCUCAACAAGAGCGAGGACGGAUACGCCGUGUUCACGCGGAUCCCGAUCUUCCAGGAGGAGCUCAAGGCGAGGCUGUCCGAGGAGGUGCCGCAGGCCAGGCAGCGGUUCGAGAAGGGCGACUUCUUGGUCGCCCACCGAGCUAGGAAGUGCCGGACAUAUCCCAUUUACAAGCUGGUCCGAUCCGUGGCUGGGGCGGAGUUCCUCACUGGGGAGAAGAAGAUCAGCCCCGGGGAGUGCAUCGAGAAGGUGGUCGACGCCAUCGACGAGGGGAAGCUCGGCGACGCCCUCUCCACUUGCCUGGCGAUGUGGAGGGGCUCCGCCGGCCCCUUCACCCCCCGGCCGGAGGUGUCCUCUCCAGCCCACUGCAACCCCGAGUUCUGGAGCUGGUUCGACAAGAUGAGGUCCCCCUCCGCAACCAGUGGCAGGGGCUACUGGAACAGCUAG